AUGCUCUGGAAUUCUCUACUGUACGAAAUGGAAAAAUUGCUUAGCGACGUUAUUGAACUUAUGUGGGAUUUUGCCACCAGAUGCAUUGCGGUGAAGCAUUGGAAGAUUACUUACUUAUAUGGAUUAGGUAUUGUGGUAGCUUGGAAUUACAGUCUCUCUGGCUUGCAGGAUAAAAUAAUGGUUUUCAAGUAUAAUAAACGAAAAACAGAAAGAGCCCAAGGACGGGACGAAACCGUAAUGAAUCGCGCAAUAAAUUUAAUUAACCAAAGAGAAACAUCUAUUCGCGGUGCCGCUCUGCACUUUACGAAAACAUUUUUUAAAGCAGCCCUCCAAAAGACAACUUGUACAACAUAA